AUGAGGUACCUCUUGCAAAGCAUGAGGACGGGCCUGCUCCUGCUCUCCUCCUCCAUCCCAGCCCUCGCCCUCUCGACUCCCACCCCCAUCUUCACCCUCCCCGGCACCAUAGCGCCAGAAUCAUGGUUCGAGAACCUCGCGGUCCGCCCCAACGGGCUCAUCCUCGCCACCCGCGGCGACGCCCCUGAGAUCUGGCAAAUCAACCCCCGAACAGGCGCAGGCACCCUCCUGGCCACCGUCGCAGACACCUUCAACCUGACGGGCAUCACGCAGCUCACCACAACCCCAGAAACCUACGUUUUCGGCAGCUCGCACAUGCUCUCCUUCACCGAAGUCGUCCCUGCCAGCGCCAAAAUCUGGACGCUGGAAUUCCCCGCCCCCGGCAGCACCCCCACCACCACCAGCACACCCCCCGUAGUCUCCCUACUCACCACCCUCCCCGCGGCGGGCUUCAUCAACGGAAUGGCGACAUGGGACGCCAACCGCGUCCUGCUCAGCGACACGCUGACCUCCUCCAUCUACCUGCUCGACGUGGCGACAGCCACCUUCACCACACCCUUCUCGUCGCUGUCGGGCGUCAACGGCAUCCGGACGGCGCCGGGGUACGUCUACUGGGUGGACCCCAUUGCGCUGAAGCUCAGCCGCACUCCCGUGGAUGCGGACGCCGUGCCCACGGGCCUUGCGGAGCUGCUGCUGGAGGACCAGCAGAUGGAUGACUUUGCACUGGCGGUGGAUGGGACCGGGGCCGGGAAGGCGUACUUGGGGACGCUGUUGGAGAAUGUCGUGGUGGAGGUGACGUUUGGGGCGCCGCCGUCUGCGGGGCUCGGGGUGAAGAGGGUGGUUGCGGAGGAUGUGAGUGGGACGGGGACGGGGGCGGUUACGGUAGCUGUGUUUGGAAGGCGGACGCAGGAUGCUGGGUUGUUGUACGUGGCUGUUGGAAGGACGGGGCGGGAAAUGCGGCUUAUUGUCAUGAUUCGACCCCGAGUGAAUUAG